ACUUCUCAAACCCUAAAACCCUCUGAUCUGUUUCCAUCUCUGUCUGAUGGAGCGCCAGCCCAUCAUUGUCUCCGGCUUGAACCCCGCCGCCAUUCUCCGGUCAACCGUCGGAGCGCCGGCGGAGGACCGGAAAAGGAUCGUCCCCCUCACCAAAGAUGCUCUCAAUGAUUUCAUUAAGUCCAUUGUUUUGAAGAAGCAAGAGGCGAAAGAUCCCUUUUACGUGAUGGACUUGGGUGAGGUUGUGAGUCUCAUGGAUAAAUGGACAACCGCUUUCCCUAACGUCCGUCCAUUCUACGCCGUUAAGUGUAACCCCGAGCCGUCUUUCCUCACGGUUUUAGCCGCUAUGGGUGCCAACUUUGACUGCGCUAGCCGAUCUGAAAUCGACUUCGUUUUGUCCCUCGGCGUGGCGCCUGACCGUAUUGUAUUUGCUAAUCCUUGCAAGCCGGAAGCCGAUGUUGUGUACGCGGCUAAUGUCGGCGUGAACCUCACAACGUUUGAUUCGGAGCACGAGGUCGAGAAAAUUAAGAGGUUUCACCCCAACUGCGAUUUGCUCCUACGGAUCAAGCCGGUUCGCGACGGCAAUGCUCGGUGUCCGAUGGGUCCUAAAUACGGCGCGCUGCCGGAGGAGGUUGAGCCGUUGCUGCGCGCCGCGCGGGCGGCGCGGCUUAAUGUCACGGGCGUUUCGUUCCACAUUGGCAGCGGCGACGCGGACGCCGGCGCGUACAGGGGAGCCAUAGCCGCGGCUAGAACCGUUUUCGAUACGGCUACUCGGCUCGGCUUGCCCAAAUUGCAACUCCUCGACAUCGGCGGCGGCUUCACUGCUGGACACCAAUUUAACGACGCCGUCAAGGCCGUUAACCAAUCGCUCCACGAGUUCUUCGGCGACGAACCGGGUCUAACAAUCAUCGCUGAACCGGGGCGGUUCUUCGCGGAAACUUCUUUCACGUUAGCCACCACUGUCAUCGGGAAGCGCGUGAGGGGCGAGCUCCGAGAAUACUGGAUCAACGAUGGCCUGUACGGUUCAAUGAACUGUAUUCUAUACGAUCACGCAACUGUGACAGCCACGCCCCUGGCGGGCGCGUCAGACCCGGGUAGUAUUUGCCGAGAGUCGAAAACGUUCGCGUCAACGGUGUUCGGGCCCACAUGCGACGCGCUUGACACGGUGUUGAGGGAUUACCAACUACCGGAACUACAAGUCAACGACUGGCUGGUGUUUCCUAACAUGGGUGCCUACACGAAGGCUGCCGGCUCAAACUUUAAUGGUUUCAAUACCUCAACAAUUCUCACUCACAUGGCCUAUGCCUAUCCAAAUUAAUCUAUACUUAAGAUUGAAUCCCCAACUCUAAAGAUCUCUGCUUCUGGGAUGUAAUCAUUAUUAUAAAUUCCUGUUUUUCUUUUAUUUGCUUUUUAUUGUAACAAUGCUAUAAGGAAAACAGGGCUAAAUAAGCUGUAAUUAAGCAUUUAUCUGCUUGCUCCAAGGCUUAUAUAGUAAAAGUUUGUACUAUUUUCGAGUAUUUCUUUCA